AUGGCUCGUAGUUUGCUGUGCAGAGCAGCGGGAGUCCUGCAGCUCAGCAGGUCCACUCUGCGGCUUGAACCCAGACGAUUUUACGGUCAGACGGAACCGGAGCCGCUGACUGUCAGCCAGCAACACAACGGGAUAAGGAGAAUAAUACUGAACAAUCCCAGAAAGAGGAAUGCUCUGUCGUUGUCCAUGCUGGAGUCUCUCAGAGAGAACAUCCUGUCUGAUGUGGACAGCGAUGAUCUCAGAGUUAUCAUCUUAUCAGCCAAAGGUCCAGUGUUUUCCUCUGGACACGACUUAAAGGAGUUGACGUCAGCUCAGGGCCGAAAUUAUCACACACAGGUGUUCCACACUUGUUCACAGGUAAUGACUCUGAUACAAGACAUACCUGUCCCUGUUAUCGCCAUGGUGAACGGCGUUGCCACAGCGGCAGGUUGCCAGCUGGUUGCCAGCUGUGACAUCGCCGUGGUGACGGACAAGUCCACCUUCGCCACUCCGGGUGUCAACGUGGGUUUGUUUUGCUCGACGCCGGCGGUGGCCAUCGGCAGAGCUGUGCCGAGGAAGGUCGCCAUGGAGAUGCUGUUCACAGGAACUCCCAUCUCGGCCCAUGAUGCUUUGCUGCACGGCCUGGUCAGUAAGGUGGUGCCAGAAGAGCGACUGGAGGAGGAGACGUUGGCCAUCGCCCAGCGGGUGUGUGAGGCCAGCCGACCCGUCGUGGCUCUCGGCAAGGCCACUUUCCAAAGACAAAUGGCUCAAGGUCGAGAUGCAGCAUAUGCCACCGCCUCCAAGGUGAUGGUUGACAACCUGGCGCUGACAGAAGGACAGGAGGGGAUCCGAGCCUUCAUAGAGAAACGCAAACCAGUGUGGAGCCAUAAAGUGGAAAAAGCCCAUGACUGAUACAGAACUAACAGGAAGUCACUGCAUUGAUCUGGUGGUUAUUCUGCCUUUGGUGCCAUUUGGUUAUCAGUGAUUGGUGUGGUUAUAAUCAGCACCAGUCCAGCUGUUAAAAUGUACAUGUGUAAUUAGGAAGAUCACAAAAAAUAUUGUAUAAGUACUGAACUUUUAAUUGUUGACAGUCUUCCCAAGUACCUGAACCAGUGUGUGCCUUAACAGCUGUAGUGUGGAAAUAAGAAAUACACACAUAGAGGACUCAAGAAGACUGAUGACAUAAAGAAUGGUGCUUUCUUUAUUUGUAUAAUUUAUGCAUUAAUUACUGUUAUUAAUUGGUGGGUAGUGUCUUGAAUGAUCGAGGCUCUACAUGUUAAAGUUCAGAUCAUUUUCUGCACAGUUGG